AUGGCGGGCUAUGACGAUGGUCGCAAGCGUCGUUUCGCGGCGGAGGGUGGUGACCGACGGUGGGGCGGGUUCGGGAGGCGGUUGGAGGAUGCGGGCCGUGCGGGUGGAGGGCAACAAGGUGGUGGAGGCGGGCUGGAGGGAGGUGGAGGUUGUUACCGCUACCUCGAGGACCUUGGCUCAUGCGGGGGGUCGUGCGGCCGGGAAGCCUGGAGCUCACCGCCGCUGCGGUGGCGCGAGCAGCGAAGAUGGGAAAGAGGAGCAGUGGACCGAUACUGGAAAGAGGAGGUUAGGUUGGCGCAGGGGGAGCGUGUGGCCGGUGGUCAGGGUGACCAAGGUGGGAAUGGCCAGCGCUAG